AUGUCCAUCAGCCUCGCCCUCGUAGGCACCGCUGCCAACUUCAUCGAGGUCCGCGAGGACCGGCUCAAGUGGCUGCCCUGGCUAGUCAACACCGUCCUCCUCUGGCAGUCCUGGGCUGGCUUCUGGUGGUGGGUAGGCGCUGGGAUGUGGUCGGGCGAGGUGCAGGAUAUCGAACGACGAGAAGACAAGAAGCGACGCAGGGAAGAGAAACGGCAGCGGAAACGAUCCAAGAUGUUCAACCUGAUCUCCAACCUCACCCAAUCCUCCCGCGACCUUGCAUCCACCUCUGCCUUCAGCCCCACUCUCCACCAUCAUCACGACUCGUCUGCCCAAUCAAUCAACCUGGUCAGAUCCCCCUCCUCGAGACUCGGCUCAGCAACCGGCGCCUCGCGGGCAUCGACCAUCCUGCGCCGAUUCCCAUCCUCGUCGCGGCAGGAGGAGGACCCGGGCCGGUCGAUCGAGCUGGACGUCCUCAGUCCCCGGUCGAGCAACCGAGCCUGCGGCGAGCGGGACAUGGCCGAGGCCCAUCUCAGAUCCCACGCCACAGAGGCCUCCUCCUCAACCAACGACACACCCACCACGGGGAGAGAGCGGCGCGGGAUGUUCUCGUUCAUCCGCCAGCCCGGCUUCCUGCGCCACUGGCUCGGCACCCUCAGCCAGGCGCACAACGAGGCCGCCAAGCAACAGGCCCGGACGGCCGGCGUAGACCAAGUCAAGCGCUUCGGCAUCCGCGCCAUGACCCAGAAAGUCAUCCAAGAACGGACCACCCAACAGCAACAGCACCGCUCGCCCGUCCACAGUCCGAGCUCCCUAUCCAUCGACCCCCGUCGUUCUCGGCAGCCGCCCCAACGAGGACGACGGGCGACUGCCGAGUCGGAUUCGGACUGGGUCAGCGACGACGAGCCCGCCUCCACUCUGCACCAUCGCCCUCUAAGCGGGCCCUCGACCACCCCCUCCUACCCGCUCUCCCCCGCCCUCCACCACUAUCCGGCCCAGCCCCAAUACCAAAGCCUCCCCAAAUCCUCGCCCCACUGUCUCCCCUCCCACACCCUCAACCUCGGCCUCCGUCUCGAAGACCAGCCCCUCCCCGCCCUCCCCGCCCCCUCCUCCGCGAACGACCCCCGCCAGCGCCACCUCCCCGACCCCGCUGACGACCAUCGUCCCCCUCGUAGCUGGAAACGGCCCCUCGUCAAGGCGGCCAGACUCAGAGACGUCACAAGAUACGAUUGA